UGUAUAAGUUUAGUAUUAAAUGUCUGUCACAGGCUGAUAUUAAUUUCUGCUAAGUUUUUUUAGUAUCUGAGCAGUCCUUGAGCUGCAGGAUGUGAGGUCUUCCAGAACAAUUUACAUAGGCAUCAGGUACUCAGCGUCUUUUUGAGAACUCCAAAGUACAAUGAAACAAAGUAUCAGAUCAGAGCAGAGCUGAUUGAAAUAUACUACUGAAAUGGCUAACAGAACAAACUCAUCUGAGUAUUACUGGUCUUAUGAAUAUUAUUGGGACUAUUUUGAUCCAUUUCCAGUAGAUGGAAGGACGUUGAAGGUUCAUAAAUAUUCAAUUGUCAUAGCCUUUUGGGUUGGACUUGCUGCAUUCUUGAUGUUUCUCUUCCUCAUUUUGCUCUACAUGUCCAGAUCUGGAUCCACACCAGUAAAACAAGUGGCUAUAAAUAACCGGGAAGAAGAAAACAGCUCCAACGGUGACUGUUUCACAUAGAAGAUCACAUAGAAGAUCUCAGCCAGACAGACUCAGAUUUGAUCCCUUCUGAAACACAUCCUUCUCUCUCAGAUGAAACGGAUAUGCAUGGAAGUACCUCAGCCUGAGCUGGGAACUGGCAUCAGGCCUGGGGGUACUGCAAUACUAGACUGGCACUGGGAGGGCCAGAGCCAGCCCCACAACACCCUCCCUCUGGUGCCAAAAAUGCUGCAUCUUAGCAUAAGAUCUUAGCCAAAAUAGCUGAGAUGCCUAUCAAUUAUUUUUUAAAUUUCAUGCCUUGAGGUGAAUCAGCCAAAUCAGUUCCAAAUUCAAUCAACUGAGCAGAGCUCAAUCGUUCAAGUUUGUGUGGUGUUACCACUGGCAAGUAUCCUACUUCCCAGAUUCUUCAUCCUGGGGCUUCAGAUAUUCCCAAAUCCAUGGUAGGCAUCCUAUGUUCAAGCCCCAAGCCCGGAGGCCUCAGAGUUCAAAUACCCCCUAGGUAAAAGGCUCAAGGAACAAGCUAGAAGCCUGAGAGCAAUAUCCCAUCACCAUAAAUUGUAUACCCAAGAUCCUCCCAUUGGUAGGUGUUAGUAGACUCUAGCAGGGGUCAGCCUGCCCUCAGUGCAAGGGACAGACAUUCGCCCUCAACUGCACUGAGUCAUUCAAGGCCAACAAGGGUAACUCCCAUGCCAGAUCAGUAAAACCACCUGGGACAAAACCAUCAUCAUGGUAUCUCCCCUACUAGCAACCCAUCUGAAUAGAAUAUACCACAGUGCUGAUUAAGCACAGUUCCCCCUCAGCGCUGACUCUUUUCAUUCAUGGUGAGCCACUACAUUGAAUAGUACUGAAUACAUUUUGACUUCCUCUUCACUCUCACAGGUGAGCUGCACCUUUCUUUCCCAUUUCCAACAAU